AUGUUAGUUAUACGUAUACCCUCAAGGUUUAUGUACGAAGGUACAUGCAACAGGAAAUGCUCGCUUGGUUUUUUCUGCUUUUUUUUCAUAACGUCAAAUUAGCUAUAACCGUUAUGUGUUGAGGAAGAAGUAAACAGCAUUUUUUGCUGAUUGAAAGACGUAUGACGUGAAUAGGAUAAAUAUUCUGGUACAAUUCUUCUUGAUCCAAAUCAAACUCCGUGGUCUUCACAGGAAGAAACAUGGGAAUACUAAGGCUGAACGUCAGAAUCACUCUCUGUAUUCUUUACUUGAUAAAAGUCGUUCUUUCUCAAGAGGAAACAGUGUUAACAUGCAGUUCCACACCGCAGGAAACUGUGCUGAACAAUUUGCGCGAAGUCUUUAAAUAUCCAGAGUCCGGACAAUAUCAACAAGGGGGAAGCUGCAAGUGGUUAUUCAGUGCUCCAGAGACAGAUCUGAAAAUAAGAUAUCGGUUUACUACCAUAAAUGUAGAUUGCGGUGACGUAUUAAACACCUAUGACGGAGACAGCGAAACUGAUCCUAAGUUGUCAGAUUCCGUAUGCGGCGUUGGUGGUAGCAUACCCGGCGUCACAACUACUCAAAAAAAUCUAUUCAUUGAUUUUUUCCCAGAUUCCACCCCACAUUCUAACGAGCUAGGAUUUACAUUAGAAGUUAUUGCCGGAAAAGACCUUUCUGACUGUAGCGUAACUGGAACCACAGAAGCAAUAUCUCUUGCAGAUGCAUAUGUCCUUACUUCACCGAAAUUUCCAGACGAUUAUCCUGUCGAUUGGACUUGUACUUACACCUUUACUGCUGAAAAUGACGUUGAUCAAAUACAAUUUGACAUGGUUUACAUAGACCUGGAGGAUGAAACAGAAUGUUUCGAUUCUGUUAAACUGUAUGAUGGAGACUCUACAUCCUCUACUGUUCUGGCGGAGUUAUGUGGAACGUCUCCCUCUGUACAGUCCUUCACCUCCACAGGUCCUUCUCUUACCGUUCAUUUUGAGUCUGAUGAGCGAGCAACGACGCCACAAGCAGGUUUUUACGCUAAUGUCUUUACUUUAGGAGAAGAAACAACAACAACAACGUUAACUACAACAACAGAAACUAAAGAAGAAGAGGAAGUAACAACUAACACCAACCCAGAAGUAACUGAAGGAGAAACAGGAUGUAAUCGUACCUUCUUUAGUUUUUGGAAUCUUUGCUGCAACUUAGCAAGGUUAUGCAACAACUGGUGGAUCUUUUGCAAGACCAUGACACAAUGCUGCAAAUAUUGUGGCUUAUCGAGUUCGUCUUUGUCGAACUAAACGAUUGCAAACAAAUAUCGUCAGCUGAAGCUAGCAAAUAUGCAAACGUUUCAAAUGUGUUUGAAUAUGUUUAUCUAUUGCUGAAGACGAAUUAAAAACGACAAAAUCUGUUUGCAAUUUUA